CCUAUUCGGAUUUGAUUAAUAAAUUACCACCUUCUUUAGUUAAUGAAGCUUGGAAGAGAAAUCCAAUAAUAAAGGAUGAAGCUAGUGACAGAAAAAGGAGCCAGCUUAUGGGAAUUCUGAAGCCACCAUUCCCAAAAAUAUUAAUAAAAAUGUCCAUUGAAACUGUCCCAGAUUCUGGAUAUUACAGUAUUAGCAAUGUUAGCGUACAAAGCUCGAUUACGACAGCAACCGAUGACACUGUUUCAAUACAAAAAAUGCCGGAUUAUACCUAUUUUCGAAGCCUAUGGUGGACGGAAGGAAAUAUUCACCCAGAAGCAAAGUGGGAAGAAGCUAA